UUUUUCGUCACAAAUUCAUCCUCUUCAAUUUCUCGCAUUUUCUAAUUUUCUUCUCUUCUCUUCUCUUCUAUAAACACAUACAUGAGAGGAGGAGUUAUCUCCUCUAUUUCUCUUACUACUACUGCGUUUAUAUGGAGAGUCCAGAUUAUUCACCACCCCACGUGGACGCAUCUCGUCCGUCCCUUGGUUUCCCUCUCGGCACUGCCUUACUCUUGAUCGUUAUUUUCACCUUGAGUGGUAUUUUUUCUUGCUGUUAUCACUGGGAUAAGCUCCGAUCACUCCGCCGGUCUUUCUCCGAUGAACAAGAUCCUGAGGCUGACAUUGAAGGCUCACCCUCCAAACCUAAGCCCUAUCACACGGAUUUGAAGCAAAAUCAGAGCUUGAGCUUACCGGUAAUAAUGCCCGGUGAUCGGAUUCCGAAGUUCAUUGCAUUGCCGUGUCCGUGUGAGCCGCCGCGAGCUGAGAAAGUUGUCGUGAACGUAACAAAGCCGCCUAAACCGCCGCGAUUUCCGGUGCCGUUGUAUUAACAAAUGAGUGGUGCUAAAUGAUAAUCAGAUUGACCAUUUUAAUGUGUAUAGAGGGGAAUUAAUUUCAGUUUUAAAGAUUUUUACAUUUUUUUUUAGUUUAUUUUUCCUUCUGGGAAAAAAUGAAGAAGAUGAAGAUGAAGAGUAGGAUUAGAUUUGUUUGAUUUGUUACCCCAUUAGAGAUUAGGUCAAUUUGUAGUAUACAGUUAGUUACCGCUGCUUGCUGUAAAACUCUGCAUUUUUUUACUACCUCUGUAGUUAUAAAAUGAAACCUUAAAAAAAACAUGUCCUGUUACAUUUUUUUUAUUUUUUUUAAGGAAAUUUAUCUGGUUUGUUUUA